AUUUUUUUUUUUCUCUGCUCUUUUUUUACCGAUCAUCAUACCAUGGUGCCUAAGAAGAGACAAAGCAAGCGUAUCAAAGCCUCGCAUCGCUACAAAAUUAUCAAGCGAGUGGCCGAACAUCAUCGUAAACAGAGAAGAGAGGCAAAGAAGAAUCCUCAAAAACAUCACAAAAAACCCAAAGAUCCCGGUAUCCCCAACUCUUGGCCAUUCAAGGAAGAACUUCUGAAUCAGAUCGAAAAAGAAAAGCAAGAGGUAUAGUCAUUGAGAGAAAGUGCUUUGUUAAUUUAUGACCCUGACUGUGGUAUUGGGUUUACGUAGGUCGAGGAAGCCAAGCAAAAGGCCAAGGAAGCACGACGAUUGGCUCAGUCCAAGGAAAGCAAGAAGAAGAACAAAAACCGAAACGUGCAGAAAGAGUAAUCAAUUGACCGGCAUUCAACCACAUGCUUUUGGAUUUACCCUCGUUCUAUUUUCAUUCAUGAUCUUCCAAUUUCCAAUUUCCUUUUUUUCAUCAUCCUUUUCCAUACAGACCAUUUGAACAUUCUCGCUCCACAUUUAUUUUUUGUUUAUCAGCAGCAGCAUUUGAAUACUAAAGA